UCCCCUAGUGAGUGCACGACAGUAAGCCAACACUGCUUUUUCCCCCUUGUAAUUCAGAAUCUUUUCUGCAGCUGAUAAUUACGACCAUAAAGAUGUUAGUGGUGGUGUUGUUGUCACCGCAAAACUUUUGAUCUCAAGGCAUUGAAAGGGUUGUCAGAUAAAAGUAUUUAGUCCGUGGAAUUCAAUAUCAAGUCGGCAUGGCUGCUGUCGACGGUGGUCUUACUCUUGAUGAAGAUAUAAAGAGAUCCAUAGAAUUACUGGAAAAAAUACAAAAAAGUGGUGAAAUUCCAGCUACUAAAUUGGCAGCCUUACAAAAAGUUUUGCAAAGCGAUUUUUUACAUGCCAUUCGCGAAGUUUAUGAACACAUCUAUGACACUGUAGAUGUACAGGGCUCCCAAGAUGUACGAGCCUCGGCAACGGCUAAGGCGACAGUGGCCGCAUUCGCAGCCAGCGAAGGUCACGCCCAUCCAAGAGUCGUCGAACUGCCAAAAACCGAGGAAGGUUUAGGUUUUAACGUGAUGGGCGGUCGCGAGCAAAACUCGCCCAUCUACAUAUCGCGCAUCAUUCCAGGUGGCGUGGCUGAUAGGCACGGGGGUCUCAAGCGUGGAGAUCAGUUGUUGUCCGUCAACGGAGUCUGCGUCGAAGGUGAAAAUCACGAAAGGGCAGUUGAACUGUUGAAACAGGCUCGUGACAGCGUGACACUUGUGGUACGUUACACACCGAAAGUCUUAGAAGAGAUGGAGAUGCGCUUUGACAAACAGCGAGCUGUCCGUAGACGUUCGCACGUUUCCUAAUUCUCAACUGCAUUGGCGUACUUAUGAAACUUAAAAAAAAAGUUGAAGCGUCAUAUAGAUAUAAAUAUCAUGUCCCUCUUUGUCCUUCAAACUUCGUUUCAAACUAACGAUGCUAUGUUAUUUGUUACCAAAACGAAAAAUUUAUGUAAAAAUUUGUUGAAUGACUAGGUACAGUGUUGUCACCAACAUGGUGAAAACAAAAUUUUCAAUUGAUAUUCCUAGUUUGAAGAUAUCUUUUGGCAGAUUUACGUAUAAAAUACGUGUCUAUCCUUGUUAAAACAAUAAAUUGUCUAUAGUAAGUUGAGAAA